AAUUCUUUGUUCCUGUACUAUGUCCUUAUAUGCAAUCUUUCUUUUACAUAUUACCACCACUACUUCUAUGAAUCUGGUAUUCAUCUUGUUGUGCUAAUGAGGUAUGGAAACUUGGACCGAUGCACAUGUGUGCCUGGUCCUUCGUUAUAGCUGACUGACUGAUUGACGUUGUCUUUUCUACAUAAAUCCAAGAUAUUGCUUCAAAUCCGGUCUGCAUCAGUAGCCAGUCAAAAUACAACGGAUUAUUUGGUCAUCCUGACCACUUAAUUUACUUGUGAAGUCUCAUAGGUUUUGGUGGGUCAAUGGCAAGAUAACGACAUGGAUACAAGAGCAUUGUUAAGUGAAGGGAGGAUGUUAGGCUAUUAAUCACAUAGCAGAUACAUUAUACAUAAUUUUGAUUGUAAUAGGCCUUUGGAGAUGAUUGUUACGUUUUUGAUGGAGUUUUGUUCUCUGAGCUGGAUGGUUUAGUCGUGGGGCUUUCGUCGUUCUUCUGAACGACAUCAUCAGCACAAACUGCAGGUGGAAUGAAUGUUAUUUAUCACUUCUUUAUAUAAUUCAAUCAUCUAAUAUCAUAGAUGUUUUGUUGUAUGAACUUACUUACUCAUUGAUCCUCGUCUAGUUUCCCAAAUCAACUGCAUCUGCGAUAAACAAGUUAUUUUAGUGAGCAUGACAUAAUUAUGAAGUACUUUUUGUGCUUGAAAUCUUGUUCUAUCGUUGGUGCUGUUUACUUUUAGAGCAAUGUUAAAAUGUCCAAAUUUUAGAAUAUGUGAUAUCAGUUAGUCAUAAACUUCAUCAUAUCUGUCGAUUUAUUUUGCCUUGUAGUUGUUAUUAAGAUAUUUUAUGUUAGAUGAUAAAAGAGCAUAUGUAGAUGUCUUUUUCCUGUACGUCAUAUGGCUAAUCCAUUUGACGAAACAAUAUUAGAAGGAUUUAUAUGUCCAAAAUGUAUGGUUACGUUUGGAACUCCUGAUUUAUUGAGUCAACAUUUCAAAGUAGAACAUCGAAGUAUCAAUAUCCCAGAAAAUGGAGGUUUGAGUUAUUCUUACCUUGAUAGCUGUUAGUAGAAUGCUUAUCUGUAACUAAUCCUGUACUCAAGACACAAUCAGAUCCAAAUACCUCAACUGCGUUUUACGAUCGAAAGAAUGAAAUUCAAUCAAUUGGUAAGCUUUUUAAAUAUUCAUUUUAGGUUACAGGCGUUUAUCAGUCUCUGACGUCGAAAUUCAUACAGUUGCGGAAAAACCAUGUUAAUCGCAGUUCAUUAGAAACAAACCGUUUGUUAAUACGUUUGGAAAAAUUAAUUGACGUAGCAGAAACACAUGAAAGUGACCGAAAAGUAUUUGAACAAGCCAUUGUACCGUGGAUUGAUGCAAAGGUAGACCUUUGUCCAUGCUGUGGUAAGGGAUUUGGUUUAGGCGCUGAAAUAGCUUUCCCAGAUGAAGAUGACGUGUACUUGAACUCCACAGAAAACAAUGCAAGCAUUUCUAGGUUUUGGCCUAACAAAAUUAGUGUCACUCGUUUAACAAACGCUAUUCUGGACUAUAAUCCUGUAUACCGCAGGCGACAUCAUUGUCGUUUAUGUGGAUAUGUUUUGUGUGCCGACUGCAGUUAUUUUAUUUCUAUACAUAAUGCUCGUGGUCUUCUACAUGCUCUUAACGGACAAGAUUUAUAUCUUUUUCCGGUUCCUUCGAAUGCAUCUGAUACUAAUGAUCAUCCAAAUUACUUACUGGAAUCAGAAGUUAUUUUUCGAGAAGGAAAUAUUUCUACUUCCCAAAACGUUAACUGAUUUUCCGCAUAGCAAGUUAUUAGUUCUUGUUAGGUGUGAAUCAUUUCCAGGAAGACAUUGUUUUGAUCGCUUCCCAGUACUUCAGGUCCAAAGUAUAACCAAGCACAUCUAUGAUAAAUUCAACGUUUGGACUAAGUGACUGAAAGUUUCAGUACAAAUGUAUUUUAGUGAGAUGCUUUUACUUAAAACAAGUUAUGAGUUGCGUAUAUGUCCUAUUUGUAUAAACAUUUUGAAGAGGAAAAUUAGUAGUUUGAAAACGUUACCAAUCAAUACCCCAAUUAUCCAAAUGCAUAUAGAAUUCAAGGAAUUAAUGAAAAAAGUUUGUGAAUGGAUACCUUCCUAUACCAUUAUUGCUGAGAGUCUAAACUCCGGGGAACAAAAAUAUACGCUAGAAUCUGCUAGAUCUAUGCACUCCGAUUUGUUGCAAGCAUUACAAAAAAUUGAGACACUCGGACGACAGUUUGCAAAAUACAGUGAACCGAAUUCAGAACUUUAUGUCAACAGAAUAGUGGCGCGCUUGACAUCAGCAGUUUAUCGAAGGGCGAGACAUUUUGUCCAAAAUUAUCUCCCACCUUUGCAAACUCUUCCUACACUCAGACAAUAUGAUAACCUUACUUCACAACGCAAGGCUGAAUUGGCAGUUAGAUGGUCUGAGGAAGACAAAGCUCUUGCAGAACUGAUGGAGCGAGUAUCAGGUAAACAAAACUUUGCAAACAUGGAUCCAGCCAUUAAUCCUACUGCCAAAAUAUGGCAAAGGUUUUCCCAACUACCUACUUCGAUGCCCAACACUUAUGAGAAACACCAAGGAAAGAAAACUACAAUAGAGUACUUAAGUGAUAUAGCGAAUAAGAUGGAUCACGUUGCUGGACAACUGAUGACUGCACACAAAGAAGGUCGACUGCGAACUGCAGAAGAGCUGGCACAAAAACUCAACCAACUCGAACAAGAAUUUCAGAAUAUCAAUUCUAGCCUUAACGACAGUGAACUCCCAAAAUAGCUGUACAUGUUGACAAAGCAUUCAAAAUGGCACAAUAAAACAAACAUUUGAAAAUCUGA